AACAGAUUGACUUAAAAUAUAAGCUGAUCGUUACGCGCCUUUAAUUUUCACUGACUUGAUGUUACAAAAACAUAGAACAAUAAAGUUUUGACGCGUUGUAUUCCAGAAUCUUUUUGUCAUUGCAAGUUAGUAAAAAAAUAUUUUAAAAAUAUCCUUAGAAAAAUUAUUUGCAGAAAAAAAAUUAGAACUUUGGAACAGAAAAGACCUCGAGUACCGUGAGAGAAGAGUGGGAAAAGAAUGGCCCCUCAGCACUGCAGAUGCAGGAAGGGCACUGUGCCCCGUGCAUUCACCAGACAGGGCUUCACCCUCUACGAGAGACUGGACCUGGAGAAGGACCACUGCACGGAGAAGGACAUUGUCAAACAGUACAAGAGAUUGACAGAUGAAAACCACCCGGACAAACAUCCCGAUGACGAAGAGCGCAAAGUCAAGUUUGUUCAGGUGUCUGAAGCAUACGCAGUACUCAGUGACCCCAAGAAAAAAGAAGUCUACGACAAAUUCGGCAGUUUGGGCAUCCACGUUGGCCAACUGGUGGGAUACAACAAAGUGGAAAAGUAUCUCACGAAAAGGUCGGCAGGGUACAAAUUCACGACAGUGAUGAUAUUUCUACUGACCGGCUGUUGUUUCUGUUGCUGCUGCUACUUCUGUUUCUGCUUCUGCUGUGGAUUGUGUCUACCCAAAAGGGACACUAAGACAGCCAGGGGUAUCAAAGAGGGCAGAAUUGAGUCACAAAACCCAUACGAGAAACACAUGGACAAAGGGCAAAAAUCAUGGAAAGAGAAGGUGGUCACAGAGCAGCCUCGAAACAACAGCAACAACAACAAUAGCAGAACCAAAGAAGAGAAAAAACGCACUCCCACAACCCCUCAAGUGGAGAUCAAAGAUUCAGACUCCUCAAAUGACGAAAAAAAGAGGGAAAAAGACAAAGAUGUUGACAACUCAUUAGACAAUGAUGCCUAUAUGUCCGUUUCUCGGCAGGCCAACAACACUCUACGUAGUCAGGAGAGAGACAGAGGCUCAUACAGCAACCGAAUGUAG